CUCAUUGGUUGGUACCAAAGUUUAUAUAUUUUUCAAAUUUAUAUCUCUUGGGAUUGCCACUUGUCUCACCUUCCCCACACUCUGGAUUCUUGUCUCUCUCUCUCUGCAAUUUUUAUUUCUUCUUCCUCCUUCCUAUCCUUUUUCCAUUUCCUCUCAGGUUUAAAGCAACAAGGUGUUUAUUUUAUUAAUCUUGUUGCUGAAGAUUUCAAUCUGAUUACAAUGUAUCCGAACCAAGCGUUUUCGUCGGGAUCUUACGCCGAGAUGAUUUCUGGGAACACUUUGUUACCUCAUAACUAUAGUGAAUCUGUAGGAGGACAAAAUGAGUUGAAGUUUAUCGCGUCUAUGGACGACUCGAUGAAUAUGCAGUCUAUUGAUCAAGGGCAUUCAAAUGCUGCUACGACCGAUCCAACGACGCAAUUUGGACUCGUUGAGAGCGAUCAAAAUGUACAAUGUCAAGGCUUGUCUCUUAGCCUUGGAACAAUGAUGCCUUCCUUUCAAUAUCAGUAUCCCGGAAACGGUUUCACCUCGCUAAUGAAUGCUCAGAUUUCAAAUUUAAAAGGGUCUGUGUCUCUUAAAGAUGAUGAGGAUUUGAGAAAUGCGGAGUGUAAUGCAUAUCAGAAUUCUGUCAAAAGGGAGGGUUUCUAUAAUCCGCACUCUUCGAUAGGUCUGAACGAAGGUCAAUCUGAUCCAUGCUUGCACGGAUCAGCGAUUCUUCCGAACAAUGGCCUUAACGCACAUUACCUUAAGGCGGCACAGGAAUUGCUUGAUGAAAUAGUUAAUGUUCGAAAGACUUUGAAACAAACUGGAUUGGAAAAACAACAAAGUUUUCGUGAUACUGGUUUAGAUGGUUCCAGAGAUUCUGAUGGAAAAUCUACAACCCAAUCUAUGCAAAUUUCUUCUGGUCCUAAUGGUUCUAAUGCAAACAACUCUUCGGCUGAGCUGUCGCCUGCGGAGCGACAGCAUUUCUUAGAUAAGAAAACAAAACUUUUGUCCAUGUUGGAUGAGGUAGACAAAAGAUACCGACAGUACUGUCAUCAGAUGCAGAUUGUUGUAUCGUCUUUCGACAUGGUUGCUGGUUGUGGAGCAGCGGAACCAUACACGGCUCUUGCUUUGCGCACAAUUUCUCGUCACUUUCGCUGUUUGCGUGAUGCUAUUAGCGGUCAAAUUCAAGUGACUCAAAGAAGUCUCGGAGAACAAGAGGGAAUACCUCGUCUCCGCUAUGUCGAUCAGCAGCUUAGACAACAGAAAGCUCUUCAGCAACUUGGUGUAAUGAGACAAGCUUGGAGACCUCAGAGAGGACUUCCCGAAAGCUCUGUUUCAAUACUCCGUGCGUGGCUCUUCGAGCAUUUCCUUCAUCCUUAUCCUAAGGAUUCGGAGAAAAUUAUGUUGGCAAGACAAACAGGCUUGACUCGAAACCAGGUAGCGAAUUGGUUUAUUAAUGCGAGGGUGCGUCUAUGGAAACCAAUGGUCGAAGAAAUGUACAAAGAAGAGUUUGGCGAUUCCGAGACAAGCAGCAAUCUUUUAUCAGAAAACACACCGAAAGCUCCAAGAGACGAAGAUCUUCGAGUGUGGGAUGAUAAAAGAGAUGAGUCUCAUGACAAGUUAAUAACCAUUGAUAACGUUCAACAACAACAAGGUCAAAUCGCAGGGUUGAAGCUGGAUCAUGCAUCCUCCUCGACCACCACGGGGACAGAAUUGGAAAGAGGGAAUCAAAGUAAUGAUCAUUGGACAAAUGUGAUGGAUUCUAGAAUCGGGAAAAUGCAGGGUGAUCAACAAAGGUUUAACAUGAAUAAUAGUCCGUAUUCAAAUGCACCUAUCUCGAUAAACCAAAAUGGCGAAAACUGCAUAAUGGAUUCUACUCCUACUACUUAUGAUGAUUUAUCCGAGUUGAGUAACUUCGCUGUUGGUGGACAUGUCUCGCUUGCUUUGGAGUUGAGGAACUCGGAAAGUGAUGGAUUUGGUUUGUCGAAUGAUGACGUCAAUAAAAGGCGUAAUCAAACAUUGGCUUCUUCGCCGGAUAAUGAUUUGUUAGAUUAUCAUUUCACAGACAAUGGAAAGCAACAACAUAAGUUUGGCAAUCCUCAUUUAUUACACGAGUUUGUUGUCUGAAUUGAAAGAAGUUCGUGUUUGGAUAGCAUCACAUUUGAAGUUCUCCGAUUGUCUGCAGUUAACAAUCAUACUCAUUCACUCAGUCAGGUCAUCGAUGAUCGUUGUAUCGAGAUCAGACAGUUCAAAUUUCAAAGCAAAAUUUGAUUUUCUUAAAACUAUAUCUUGAUCUCAAUUCGACGACCACUGAUGUACUGACUGCGUGAAUGUCUGAGAAUGCUGACUAUAGGUAAUCCAAAUUCGUUAUAUUCACGGUGUUACAACACGUCUAUCUCAAAGCUACAAACCUACAACUACUAGCUUCACGCCGUGCGUCUUAAUACAUCGGCGUCUUGAUACAUUUCCAAACACAUUGGAAUAUUUUUAAUGUUUUGUUGAGGGAAUUAUGGAAAAUGUGUUCCUUAAAAAAAAGUAGAAACUAGGAAGAGAAAAAACAUAUGGUGUUACUUUGUGCUAUUACUCAUUAUUGUUGUUGUUGAUAGUGAAUGAUAAAGGUGUAUGUAAAGCAUGAACCGUACAAAAUAUACGAGUAGGUAUGUGUAGAUAUGUUGUAAUAUUGUGGGGGGUGAUUGAUUGUAUGUAUUUGCAGGCAAUUUUGUAAGGACAAAGAAAGAGCAUGUCUAAUGCAUCAUGAUCAUAAAUAAGGAAAGAAUCUUUGUGAAUCA